AUCAAUUCCAACAAAAAAAUUAUAAUCUACUUUCCCAUCCCUGAAACUGAUAUUGGGCUUCGGGUUUUCUUUGAUUUAUUUCUUUGUGCCGUUUGAGCUUUUAUUCAUUUAGUAAGAGAGAAUAAAAUAAAAUUGACAAUGGUUGCUGAUGACACAAUGAUUUUCAAAUGGAUAUUUCCAAAUGAAUAUAAUUUUUUAAAUAAUAAAAUACAUUCUGACGAGGAAAGUCAACCUUGCUCAAUGACGAAGUAUCCACAAUUUAUUUGUAAUUUAUUAUUAAAAAAAUUAAAAAGUUUUGAUAUUACGCAUGUUUACUUAUGCAUUUAUGAUCGUGAACACUCAAGUACGGAUUCUAUUAUUAAUUUUUUUAUAUGUAUCUCAGUACUAAACCCGAGGAAUGAAAAACUGUUUACUCUAAGUAGAAUGAUUUACUUUGAAAAGAAUAAGAAGAAUCUGGACGUAUACCUUGGAACUUUAUCUAUUUAUAAUUUAAAAGAUGAUUUAAAUUUACAAGAAAAUGAAUUAAUAUUGUUCUGUAAAGUAGAAAUGUUUUUGAAAGCAAACAUUCAACACAACCAGUUACAAGAAGAUGAAUGUUUCAUUAGUGAAGAUAAAAUCAAAGACGUCAAUCUUCACGUAGGAAAUAAAACAAUACAUGCCCAUAAGAGCAUUCUUACUUCAAAAAGUACAGUUUUUAAUAAAAUGUUUGCCAUUGACAUGAAAGAGUCAGUUACAAAUGAUGUGAACGUUACUGAUAUUAACUAUGAGGUAUUUGUCGAAGUUUUGCGUUUUAUGUACACCGGCAAGAUAGAAAAGUCAGAUGAAUUGGCUCUGGAAAUUUUAAAUGCUGCUCACUUUUAUCAAAUUGAAGAUUUGAUGAUUGUUUGCGAAGAAGUAUUGUCCAAAAAUUUAGAUUCUGAUAAUGUCACUGAUGUUGUAACAUUAGCAGAUAAAUUAAGCAGGCAAGGAUUGAAAAAAACAUGCAUUCAAUUUAUUAGUCAACAUUUUCAAAAAUUUCAAGGAACAGGUAAAUUAGAAGGUUUACCUUAUUCUGUACUACAGAAAUUAGUCGGUACUUUACAGAUUUCAUAAAAAGCACAUCAACUGUUGACAGUCAUAAAUAUUUUACUAUUACUAUUUUACUAUAUUGUACUACUUUAAAAUUAUUAUUACCACGGAGAAUUUUUUUUUAACUUUUCUAUAAUCUACAAGUGUUCGUUUUGCAAAAAUUAUAAAAUAACUGUGAAAAACAUUUAAGUUACAAAUAUUAUAAUAAAUUUCAACUUACAUAAAUA